AUGCAUGUGUCCGUGCUUGCACGGACAAAACCAGCCCCUAUGCAUUAUGCGUUUGCUAUCCAGAAAUCGAGCAUCCUCUCUCUCUUCACACCGUUCAUCUACGUGUACGCCAAGGAAGUCGAAACCAAGAUGAACAGGAUGUACGGCAUUCCACAGCAAUACUGUCAAAGUGCGGCGGACCGGGCCAAGCGUGAUGUGUCACGACCAUCAUCCUGUCAGCAGCGGAGACCAUGGUCUUCGUAUGAUGACUCCAGCUCAGGCGGUGUGCCCGCUUCGUCAGCAACACGAACACCGCCACGGCGUGCAUGCGCUCCCACCCCUCCAGAAGUCCAGACACUGGGACUCGUGGAUUGGAAUCGUCAAUCUGGCGAGGGGCUCAAGAUAGGCGUGGACGAUCUCGAGGAACAGCCAGAUAACCCUGGGGUCCUGUGCAUGCUUCGCAAAAUUACCUGGCAUACGACCAGAUUUGCCAUCUCAUAUGCUUCUGGAUUGGACCCAUUGGACGCUGCAUUCCCUCACGUCUAUGGCCCCUUUCACUUUACAUUUGGUCGUCUGCAACCUUUUGAACUGACCACGGUGUGCAAUCUCGUGCACUUCCCGGCUGCACGCGUCCAAAGUCCUCAAUAG